CAAGCCACUUUAGACGAAGAUAAAACAGCGUAGUUUUUCCGCCCACCCCGUAACAUUUUAAUAAAAGUUUGAGUUUCAGUCUCAGGGCUCGUGAACAUGAACUGUCAAAAUUGGCGGGACGCGCGCGCAUUUUCUCCUUUCAGCGUCAGCGUUGAUAUCAGUCAUCCUGUCAAUAAAUUUAUUCACUUCAGGGUGUCUCACUUUUAAAUGAGAUCCACUGACCAUGGAUUUCUUCACACAACUCUUCACCUCCAAACGUGGACCUCUGGCCAGGAUCUGGCUUGCUGCCCACUGGGAAAAGAAGAUCACCAAAGCCCAUGUGUUUGAAUGUAACCUAGAGGCGACUAUAGAGAAUAUUAUUUCUCCUCAGAUAAAGAUUGGGCUGCGGACUUCAGGUCACCUGCUCUUGGGUGUUGUGCGGAUCUACUCCAGGAAAGCCAAAUAUCUCCUUGCAGACUGCAACGAUGCUGUGGUUAAAAUCAAAGUGGCUUUCCGACCAGGACAACUGGAUCUGCCUGAGGAAGGGAUGGAAGCUAUGGUUAAAGCCAUUACCCUGCCUGAGGAUUUCCCUGACUUUGAGUCACAGCUGCCUGAUCUCAACACUAUUGAUGUAGUAGAUCACUUUUCACUGAACCAGAGCCGCACAGAGGAAAUCACUAUGAAGGAAAACUUUGGAAACAGUUUUCUAGCCAUGGAUGACUUGGGAGAUGAAACCCAGUCUCAUCAGGGACUGUUUGAUACAAGUUUCCAAAGUCUAGGGGCAAUCGGUGAUGCAUUCGGUGAUGAGGGCAUGGCUUUUGAUCUUGUUGAUUUCAUAGCAAAUGCGAAUGAGAAUGCACUGCUCACUGAUUCCUAUGGUGAAUCACCUACUGAGAUCCCUGCAACACCUCCACCGACUGCUAUUAAUCCUACUGCUCCAGAGCCUUCCAUAUCAACUUCAAAGGCAUGGCCAGAGACUCCCACACUGAAUGAGACCACACUUCUGGAGAAUGCUGAGGAAGGCUUUGCGCUUGAACCUGUGGCUGUUACACCCUCUUCAGAGAGGAAGAAAGGGAGCAGGAAAAGGAAGCUGGUGGUAGACCAAUCUAAGGAGCUUUCUAAUGAAGCCAUCAAAGCCCAGCUAGUUGAAUGCUCUGACAUUCUGACCACACUUGACAUAGCUCCACCCACACGGCAACUCAUGGACUGGAAGGAAAAUGGAGGGGUGGAUUAUCUGUUUUCACAUUUCUGUACUCCUGUCAUGGAUAGAAACUUGCAGAAGCUCUUCCCUAGAGAUGUGUUACCUGGAAAAAUGGGGCCAGUCAGAGAGGCUGGAGAUGAAAGUGACCCCAAGGACAUGAGGGAGCAGAUGAGAGAGGAUGAAACUGAGAGCAGCGGUGUGCCUAUGAUGGACGAGAUGAGCUUACUGCAGGAGUAUGUGGAACAAAACAGGGCAGCGGAGGCAUCCAGCUUUAUCAAACCAUCUUUUAUACAUACAGAGCCUCCAGAAUCCAAAGAAAGCAGGUUGGAGGUGUCGCAUCCAGAGCCGUUUUCUGAGGAGUCAAUGCUGGUCCAUCCAUCUGGAAUUGACAGUGAAACUCCACGGAUGCACACACAGACACAGUACUCUGCCUUGGACAGCCAGAAUGUGGAGGAGAAGAGAAUGACUAGUCGAGCACAGAAUCUCCUUCAGGCCAUGAGACAGAUGCAGAACAGCAGCCCUGAUGCCACAUUCAGUCUUCAUGAAAUGUGUGAGAAUUGCAAUCGAUCCAAAGCAGCGGCCAUAUUCUUCUGUCUGCUGGUGCUGAAGAAACAGCAGGCCAUAGGCUUGCACCAGAGUGCCCCCUUCAGUGACAUCAUCGUCACUCCUGGUCCCCUUUUUCAGAAGCUUUAGGAUAGUGAUUACUUCUUCUGUGCCACUUCAUUCACCGGAGGAGUAUUUAAGCCAUAGAAUUUUUAAGGAGCAACUUAAAGGGUCAGUUAAUCAACAUAAAAUGUCUUAAUGUUUUAAGAAAAGCAACUGCACUGUUUCUUCACCGUUCUGCUAUUCAGACUUAACCAGUAAGGUGUGUGUGAGUGUGAGAGAGAGAACAGUUGGGUUUGUUCUGCAAGGUUGCUUCUGACCUAUUACCUAUGGGUUAUGUUUUGUUUAUCUAUGUAUUCAAUAUGUUCUUAUUUUAUGGAAACCGAGUUAACUUAUUCAAAUGUUUGGUCUAUUUAUGAUGUGUGUAAAGGUAAAUUUGGUGGUGUUCCUUGAUAUUUUGUGAAAUAACAAAUUUAUUCAUGGUUAUUGUGUAAAUACCCAGUAGUUUUAUUAGAUGAUAUGAGACAAAAUGAGGACUACAUUUCUUAAUACCAGAUCUAAAAAAAAAAUAAAAAUAAAAUAUUAGUCUUGACUGUUGAGUCUUAUAGU